CAUGCUCGAGCCAUAGCUCGAGCGGGUGGAGGUGGAGGCGGAAGUGGAAACUGUUGUCUUCCUGUCCCGUCCCGUCCCAUCCCUACCCACCCACCUUCGCUCGGAUACAGCUACACCGACUGGAGCUGGUGUUGCUGAGGCCCCCUCAGUCCGACUGGCUUUAACAAUCAACCCCACAGGACAGCAAUGGAUCACAGUGGAAGCAGUGAGGGGCCUGGGCCAGGUAGAAGACCCUCCAGUCCCUCCUCUCGUGCACCCAUGGGCGCCAAGGGACACGCAGCACAGAGUGGUCAAAGGCCCAAAGUAAAGAUAACUCCUUUCCACAGCUCACCUAUAGUCAGCAGUGAUGGAGCUCUCCGCAGCAAACGACCAGGAGCCGCUUUUGGGAAACUGCUGGCAUCUCCUGGCAGCCUGGCUCUGGACUCACUUGGUCGGCUGAGUGCUCCACCUGUCAGAGGGAGACUUGCUGCUGCUGCUGCUGCUGAGAGCUCAGGGGGACAAACUCCCAGUUCAGGCUCUGUACUGACCACAACACCUGCUGCCAGGAAGGCACCAAAGACGAGCACAGAGCUUCGUCAAAGUCAGAAAGGCAAAGGCAAAGAGAGGGGAGCUGUCUCCACCUCCAUCAGACCUCAGUCCGCUGUGAAGAGGAAGAAGAGGAAGAUGGGAAUGUACAACCUGGUCCCCAAGAAGAAGGCCAAGACCCUUAAACAGCAGGAGAAGAAAGGGGAGCCAGGUCCCAGUGUGGAGAAGAACAGAGCUGCAACAGAUGAAAAACCAGUGAUCCUACCAGAGACUCUGAAGGCCAGAGAACUGACAGCCGCCAGGAAUGAAUCGUUGAUGGAGGUGCAACCUGGAGAAGGCUGCCAUGUUGAGUACACAGAGCUGGCUUUGGACUGUUUGGACCUGAAAGCUCAGGAAGAGCUGCUCUCACCUCCCCUGUCAGGUGUAGCAGUGGAUGCUGAGCUGACAGAAACAGACCUGGCUGAGGAGUUACCACUGUGCUGCUGUCGUAUGGAGACUCCUCACAGCGGAGGCAGUCUGUCCACAAUGGACCAGACCUGCAUGGCCAUGGAGAGCGUGGAUGGAAUGCUGAGUCGUUGCCAGAGGCGAGUGGUGAAGCAAGAAAUGAUGCGACCCUCCAACACGGUCCAUCUGCUGGUUCUGUGUGAGGACCACCGGGCCGGCAUGGUCAAGCACCACUGCUGCCCUGGCUGUGGACUCUUCUGCAGGGCGGGCACCUUCAUGGAGUGCAGGCCGUACGGCAGCAUCUCCCACCGAUUUCACCGCGACUGCGCCUCCAUCUUGAAGGAUCUCAGGUUUUGCCCCCACUGUGGAGAGGAUGCCAGCGGGGCGAAAGAGGUCACUGUGUCGAUGGCUGAUCCGUCUCCCUCUGUACCCAGAUCGAACCCCGGGCAGCCGCUGCCAGCGGUGCCCACUGUGGCCACCCUGCCAUCAGUACCAACCACGCCUGCUGUUCCGCAGAUACUCAGAGCUAAGAAGACCAGCGAGCCGCAGAGGGGCAGAGACGAGAGGUUAAAGAGCGAGGCUGUGUGCGCUGCAGAUAGACCACCUAAAGAGUCACUGGAAAGCAUCCUGAUGGCACUGGAUGAUGAGAACCUGAAACCAAAGAAAGUGAAGUACCCCACCAGACAGCUGUACAUCUCUGCAAAACAAGGAGAGCUCCAGAAGGUCAUUCGUCUCCUUGUUGAUGGGAAGGACCCCAACUUUCUGAUGGAGGGCCACAACAAAGUCACCCCUCUUCAUGCAGCAGCGGCUGAGGGUCACCAGGAGAUCUGCCACAUGCUGGUCCAGGCUGGAGCCAACCUGGAAAUGUUUGAUGAGGAGCAGAGAACACCACUGAUGGCGGCCUGUGAAAACAACCACCUGGACACAGUGAAGUACAUGCUGAGAGCCGGAGCAGCUGUCAGUCACAAGGAUAUCAUGGGCUUCACCUGUUUGCAUCUGGCAGCUAAACUGGGACAUUAUGAUAUAGUCCAUCAUCUGCUCUCCAAGGCAUCCAAAUACAUCAACUGUCAGGAUAACGGGGGGUGGACUCCCAUCACCUGGGCCAUUGAGUACAAGCACAAGGAGCUUGUCCACCUGCUGCUGGCCAGAGGGGCCGAUGUUAACAUCAGAGACAAGGAAGAGAAUGUCUGCCUGCACUGGGCGGCACUUUCGGGCUGUGAUGACAUUGCCCAGGCUCUGCUGGAGGCCAGAUGUGACCUCAACGCUGUCAACGUUCACAGUGACUCAGCGCUUCAUGUUGCUGCCAGAGAGAACCACCUGGAGUGCGUGAUGUUGUUUCUGUCUCGUGGAGCUGACGUCAACCAGAAGAACAAGGAGGGAGAGACGGCUCUGGACUGCUGCGUCUACGGCUCCAAGGUGUGGACGGCCCUCAACACCAACAAGAAGCUGACUGACGCCAGGAGAGGCAGGGACUGUCAUGGAGAAAAAGUGCUCAGCAGGGACAUUUCUCGGGGGUACGAGGCAGUUCCUAUUACCUGUGUUAAUGGUGUUGACAGCGAGCCGAGCCCUGACAACUUUAAAUACAUACCUGACAGCUGUGUCACCUCCCCACUGAACAUAGACAAGGACAUCACUCAUUUACAGCACUGUAGCUGUACAGACGACUGCUCAUCCAGUACCUGCAUGUGUGGUCAGCUCAGUCUGCGAUGUUGGUAUGACAGUGAGGGUCGACUACCACUUGACUUCUGUCAGAGGGAGCCCCCCGUGCUGUUUGAGUGUAACCACGCCUGCUCCUGCUGGAGGACCUGCAGGAACCGAGUGGUCCAGAACGGACUGAGAGCCCGGCUGCAGCUCUUCAGGACACAGAAGAUGGGCUGGGGAGUGAGGACCAUGCAGGAUAUUCCUCAGGGAACGUUCAUUUGCGAGUAUGUCGGGGAGAUCGUCACUGAUGCAGAGGCUGAUAAAAGGGAGAAUGACUCUUUCCUCUUCACCCUCGACAAUAAGGUGGGAGACGCGCACUGUAUUGAUGCGAGACUCUUUGGCAACAUUGGCCGCUUCAUCAACCAUCUGUGUGAGCCCAACCUACUGGCUGUGAGGGUGUUCACCAUGCACCAGGAUCUACGCUUCCCUAGGAUAGCCUUCUUCUCCAGCAGGCCCAUCAAAGCUGGAGACCAGAUAGGGUUUGACUAUGGCGAUCACUACUGGAGGGUGAAGAGCAAGUACUUCAGCUGCCAGUGUGGGUCGCUCAAGUGUCGCCACUCAGCUGGUAGGCGAUAGAAACUCACUGAUGAACCCCUCAGCCCUCUUUCUGCCUAGACACAUUCUGUCGCUUUGACCUCUUUGAUGUCACAAACACUGUCUUCUGAACCAGAUAACAUGUAAGAGUGAUUCUUUGAUUACGUAAACACCAAUGGGUUUUCUGGUAUUCACUUGAAUUUCCCAGUUUUCAAAUUCCAACAACUGAAAGAUAAACAUUGUGAGAAUCUGUCACCUCAGAGCACAUGAUCUAACUUAUUUAUACACCUUACUAAGGUUACUUAUCUAUGUGAAGAAAACUGCAGCUUGCAAUCAGCCAGAAAUAUUGUAUGUGGGAGAGGGUUUAACUAGCCAAUAAUUAGGUUAAAUAAUUUUAAACAGAUGAUUUUAACAUUCUUGGACUCUUCCUUUUAAUACUGCAAAGUGUUAUAUUUGUGGAUUAAUGAAGUGAAGAAAUGUUUUGGUAGUCAGUGUGCUUUUUACUACAUGACUAAUCAGCAAUUAAACACAUUUUUAAAGCA